AUGCGCACAGACAAGCAGGUCUGUUCGUUUACAUUGCUCCCUCUUUUUCUCUUUCUCUCUCUCUCUCACACACACACAAACACAGAUACACACACAAUUUUUUCUCCCGUUUUCUCUCUCUCAGUUUAUUUUCACUCUCUCACUUUCUUUCUCCCUCUUACUGUUUCUCUCUUUUUUUCAAAAUUUCUUGCUCUCUCUGUCACUCUCUUUUUUCUAAUUUAUUCCUCUUUCUCUUCCUCUGACUCUUUCUUUCUCUCUCAAUAUUUCUCUUUUUUCAUCUCUCUUUCUCGAUCACUUUCUCACUCUUUCUCUUUUUUCUUUCUUAUUCCUUUUCUUUCUCUUUUACUCUUUCUUUCUUUCUUUUUCUCCUUUUCUCUCCUCCUCUCUUUCUCUCUCUCUCUCUUUCUCUCUCUCAAUCGCCCAGACACACAAAUAUUUACAGCUGAACACACUUGA